GGUUUUAUGGGCGGACCUGAGCAAGGCCGGUCCGUCACCGUGUUCAGACCCAGGGGUCGCGGCUGCUGGGGCGGAUCUUCUGUUCGUGUAGAGGCCGCGACAGCAAAGAAUGAGCCGAGCUCUGGGAAAGGUGCUGGGCCUAGGGAACAAUACUGUUUCUAAACAAGUCUUUUCCAUCUUAAGCUUCAGACUCUCAGGAGAGAAUCCCAUUUAUUCAGCAGGUGGCAUUGUUCUGAGUGCCAAUCGGUACUACAAGUCAAAACCCACUCAUGGCAUUGGAAGAUACAAGUACCUACUUAAAGAACAAGAGCUAAAGAAGAAGAAAGUAAACGUUGAAUUGAGACCCAUUAAUCUGGGGACAGAUUAUGAAUAUGGAGUUUUAAACAUUCACCUGAUUGCAUAUGACAUGACUCUGGCAGAGAGUUAUGCCCAGUAUGUUCACAUCCUCUGCAACCAGCUCUCCCUCAAAGUCGAGGAAUGUUAUGCAAUGCCCACCAAAACCAUGGAGGUAUUGAGGCUACAGGACCAAGGCAGCAAAAUGUUUCUGGACUCAGUCCUUACCACCCACGAGCGAGUGGUUCAGAUCAGCGGUUUGAGUGCUACAUUUGCAGAGAUUUUCCUGGAAAUACUCCAAAGCAAUCUUCCAGAAGGAGUCAAAUUGUCAGUGAGGGAGCACACUGAAGAAGACUUCAAGGGAAGGUUCAAAGCUCGGCCAGAACUUGAAGAACUGAUGGCCAAGCUGAACUAGCUACCACAGAUACUUUCAUUUCCACACUGGUGGUACUGGGUCCCAAGAAGAGCUUCUUAG